AAUAAACUGCAACUGGUUCACAAGAAGGUUCUCUAAGCGGUUCAGGGUGUAUAAUCGGUUUUGCUGACACAGACCCCCUUUUCAGGAGGUUUAUUACCAUAAAACUGAGUGUAAGUUGAGUGCAGAAUAUUUAUGUAUCACCUCAUUUACACCAAAUUCAUACUGGAAUCGAAACAAAAAUUUUACAGAGGAUAAACCAGAAAGACAGGCUUUUACUGUGAAGUGGCCUUAGGAAGUGUUGACGUACCUACAGCAUCGUGAACUUUUACUUCCUAUAAAUUGCUACAUCGACUGGAAAAUUCACAGCAAAGGGCGCGACAAAGAGAAAGCCGAGGUUCUCGCCUGCUGUGUCGAGGUAAGAACAGCACCAAAGCCCAGCGAGAAACCUCAAUAACUAUACUAUAAAACAUUUUUCAACGGAAACAGCGUUAUUGCAGGUUUCAUUUUCUAGUCAGGCCCUCCCAUCAAAAAGCAACAGAGAAUAGAAACUUAAAACAUCACAGCUCUGGUGCGUGCAGAAGGUGAAAACUGAGAAGCUGUUAUCACUAAACCUGUGAGCUACGCCCAUCUUUGUCCCUUCCUAUUUCUGUUGGAGUGUGUAGGAGAUGGCAGCAGCAACUGUUUCUGUUGAACAAGACCAGUUUUGUUGUCCAGUGUGCCUGGAGGUUUUGAGAGACCCGGUGACGAUCCCCUGUGGACACAGUUAUUGUUUGGACUGUAUUGAAGACUACUGGAAAAGGACUAGGCAGGAAGGCCAGUACAGCUGCCCUCAGUGCAGGCAGGUGUUUAAUCCGAGACCUCUGCUGAGUAGAAACACAGUUCUGGGUGAAGUGGUGGAAAAGUUUCAGCGAACUGGACUUCAAGCUGCAGCUCAGCACUUGGCCAAACCUGAGGAAUUGAAGUGCAGUCUUUGCACAGGGAGAACGAGCAAAGCUGUUAAAUCCUGCAUUGUGUGCUCGGAGUCUUACUGCGUGGCUCACUUGAGGGUCCACCAAGAACGCUUUCGUGGAAAGGCCCAUAAACUGAUCCCAGCUUUAGAUCAGCUGAAAGAGAAGCUGUGCCCUCAGCACAACAAAGCACUGAGGCUGUACUGUCGCACUGACCAACAUUGUCUGCAGGGUCAUGACGCAGAUGAGAGAACAACACAACAGGUGGGUGCAAUAUUCAACCUACUUGAGCAGUACAGACUGGAGACGUACUACAAUGGGUUUCUUCAGUUGGAUGUAAAAGACGAAAGAGAUUUCCUGGAUGGUGUGACAGAUGAAGAUCUAAAAAACUUAGGCCUAAGUCAUGUGGAGAAGAACCGGUUUUUGGCAAUGAAAAAAUUCAUUCAGGGACUCAGAGGUCCAGUCCAAACUGUGACACCUGUGCAAAAAUCAAUGGAGGCGUUCUGUCUGCAGUACACAUACCCCAAAUGUCCUCAACCAAAAUAUAUUGAAAAUUUGGAUCCAGCGCAAAACACAGUUGAAGAUAUUAUGUUAAGGAUCUGUCACCUUGAAAAUGUUGGCAACACCACAGGAGUCUGUCUCUACACAAUCGAUGGGAUGCCCUUGACAGAUGAUCCCUUCUUCAACACAUGGUCUUUGAAAGACAGGCACAUUCAAAGUGGAACUGUGAUCUAUGCCAUAUUCACACCAAAGGAAAACCUGAAACAGGCUCCACAAAUGCCAAAGCAAGAGCUUGGCGAUACCUCUGGAGAGGAUGUCAUUCGAUGCCACAUCAUGCUCAAGGGAGACUUCGACCUGAUGAUGAACUUAGAAAGCGACACUUUGACCAGCCUGAGAUUCGAGUUGGCAAAUGCAAGUGGAAUCCCAGUACAUGUCCUUCAUUACAAAGGUCAGUCCUGUGGUGGUGUUACGCUGCAAAGCUGUGGAAUCUCUGAGAGGUCAACAGUUGCCUUCUCUCUAUCCACGUUUUGUGAUGAGUCGUCAUACGAUGAGACUUUCUUCAUAAAUGAUGUUGUGGCUUCAGUCCAACAAACCCAGAAAGGAAUCAGUGUGUUUCUGUCCUCACUUUAUGCUGUUAAACUGCAUCAUUCCAAAAUAAUACAAAAUAAAUUGAUUGCCUACAUACGAAAACUGACUGGAUGUAACCCUCUUGCCCAAAGUUUGCAUCAGUUACUCUGCAGGAAUGAAAAAAUUACAAGGAACCAGAAGAUUGCAGUUGUUGAAGGCUUGUACAUGCUCUUCAGAGAGCUUUUGCCCCAACUUGGAUCAGAACGAGGGAACAAAUGCAUCAAGGACCUGUAUGUCUUUGAGAAUUCAUUGUACUGCUGGGCACAUCUCAUUUCAAGAUCAAAGAAACAGUCAUCAGACCUUGAGAACUACGCACCAAUCACUCUUACGUCUGAGGAUGACAACCGUUUCUGUGAACCAGUUAGAGUACCUGGAGUGCCAUGUGCCUUUGAACGAGCAUAUGUUCUCCAGAAAAUCAAAGAUGGAGAGAAAAUUCCAAACUGCACUGAAGAGAUUUUGCAAGAAACCUCAUUACAGAGAGCCGCUGACAUUGAGAAAAUCUUGCUCAGCUUGCCUCCAUUCAUCAAGAAAUAUCCUCUCUGGCCUCAUCAUGACAAGAUGACUGGUCAGAACUUUCAGAUCAAGAUUCAGCGGACUUUUGGAAGUAUGGUUGAAGCAUUGAAAUCUUUCCCUUGGCUCAAUGUGACCCCACCUCUUCAUCUGAAGGGUCUAGGACAGAGUCAGGUUCGCCUUGUUCUGCUGAGUGAAGACAACCUUGGUAUUUAUCUGUAUAAAGACAAAGGAUCAGCAGAUAUGAUCAAAGUGCUUGAUUGUCUGGAUGGCAAAGUGAAAACAGUGGAUGUGAAUGUACUGGCAGCCAAGACUGGUGACCAUAGAGAUGACGGCUCAUUUGUUACAACUAGGACUCCAAAGGAGGCCAUACUGGUCCUGAUAGAUACAAGCUCGUCCAUGGAAGAAGAGUGCUACGGAAAUGCAGGAAUAAAGAAAAUCAACGCUGUGAAGGAGCUCUUUGACAACUUUGCAUCAAGAAGCAUGGCUUAUGAUUUCCAUCAUGUCAUUGGCCUUGUGAAGUUCGACUCCAUGGUGAAAACUCUCCACACAUUUACUGAAAAUCUGGAAAAGUUCAAGGAGCACAUACGUAACCUUGAGCCAAAUGGAUGUACUCUGCUGUACGAUGCUCUACGACGUGGGGUGUCUGAGUUGGAAAAGGUCAAGACGACAUUCCCAGAUUGCAGACUUCGCAUCAUGUGUCUCACUGAUGGAAAUGAUUCUGGAUCCUCGAUAGAGCCAGUUGCAGUUACAGCCAAACUGCUCAAAUCCAACAUUAUUGUGGAUUCAAUCCUUCUUGGAAAUGUGGAGAACAAUAUGCUGCAUGGAAUCAGCAAUGCAACAGGUGGUUGCUGUUUCAAACCGCAGACAACCAAGGAGGGUUUGAAGCUCUUUGAGAUCGAGACAGUUCUGUCUUUGGAGCAGAGGAAACCCAAGAAAAUAUUUGAUCCUUCCUCUAUCAGUGAGCGCACUUUAACAGGCAUCUUUGCAACUCAUGGGUAUGAUGAAUAUCCAGAGACAUCAUUUCCAACCCAGAUGAACAACAAAGUGACAGAGACAGAGAGUGCUCUGAAAAAGAGGCUUCGGGAGUCGAAGGAUGGGUGUCUCAUGGAGAAGGACAAACGUAUCCUGGAGGAGCUGAAGAGCCUGCAUUGUGAUCCGCACCCCUUCUUCAAGGUCUUUCCAUCAGAGUCAGACUUUACGUUCUGGAGGAUUCUCAUGCAAGGCCCCCCUGACACACCAUAUGAGAAAGGAGUGUUUGAGCUGUACUGCCAGUUUGGUCCUGACUACCCAGUGAAGCCUCCACUGGUUCGCUUUGUCACUCGAAUGUACCACUGUAAUGUCAACAGCGUGGGCCGCAUCUGCCACAGUAUAUUUGACCGCAGCUACAAUGCCCACGUUACCACAAGAGAGAUCUUUGAUGCUGUGUAUGGACUGCUAAUCAUCCCUGAGCCUGACGAUCCACUGGACAGCAUUUUGGCUGAGGAGUUCAUGACAAGCCGUGAGACGUACGAACGGGAAGCCAAGAAACAAACAGAGCAAACUGCAGGAAAGUCAAUGAACGACAUGGAGAAGAAAUUAGUGGAUCCUGUGCCACAGUUUAUACCUCAACAUCUAAUCUGCCCGCUCACCAAGAGGAUGUUUGUUGAUCCUGUGAAAACUGUAUACGGCACUGUGUAUGAACGCAAGGCCAUUGAGGAACACCUCAAACUACACCAGUAUGACCCAAUGGCUGGCCCAGGAAGUGACCUUAAACGUAGCGACAUAACAGCAGACAGGGACAUGAAGAAAAUGGUGAUGGAUCAUCGAUCUCGUCAAAUUCAGUGAAUCUGUUGAGAAAACCUCUGGAGUUAAUGCUCUGUAGUUUUAUAUAGAUGUUUCAAGAAAAAGAAGAUGAACCGGCAACUCUUUAUAUUUUUCUACCCAGGUCCAUCUUAUUUAAAUGUUGAAAUUUACGUUUGUCAUGUUGGUUAAGGUUAGGUUUUUGGUUAUGCUGAACUAUGGUGAGAACUGCGUGCAAUAGUACACAAACCAGAAGAGUAGUAGUUGUGUGAAUUGUGUUUAUUUUAUAUAACUCCACUGACUCGAUGAUAGAUUUGCACUCAGAUGUUAAGUGAAGUGAUAUUUCUCUGACACAAUCCCCAAACAAGUUACCAAGUUAGAAAAGCCAUGUUACGUUUGCACUAAUUAACAAAAUCUUAAAAUAGGUAAGACAAGCGAAUGCAAUUCUAAAAACCUUAACUUCAUAAUAAUAAACAUAUGUAGCUUCAGAAUGUUUCUUACUGAAUAUAAAAGUGAACCUUAAUUUUUUCUUUUCCUGAUAUGAGCACUGCGUUGACAGUGAAAGUAAUUUUGGUUUCUCUGCUGACACUUUUAUUUAGAGAUGAUUCUUGAUUUUUGAUUUUUUUAUUAGUCUAUAUGUUUUUUUCCAGAUUGUCAGUUACUCCUAUGCACAGUUUCAUUAGUCAAACAAAUUGGAAAAAUGCGAAUUACUUUUUGGAGUAUUGAAUAAAAUUUCCAAUUUGUUGUGAUUGUCUUACUAGUGACUAGUGAGUACUAAAAAAGGACAGAGCCUGUCUUCUAUUUAAUAUGUGCAGCAAACAUUAUUUUCCUUUAAGUCUUACAUACAUACAGCCAGAGACGCAUGUUAACGUGCUUCUAAUAGCACUCACCACUAGGAUUUCUGUUACUGCAAAGGAGUUGGAAAAUGUAUUCGUUUUAGUGCUUCCGUGGUUCCUACACAUCACACAAGGCUGGAUUACAAAGUAAAAGGGCCCCAAACCUUCCAGGGCCCAAAGGCUCCUGGUUCAAUUUUUAGCUAUUUGUUUGUAGUGAAUUGAUUAACCCAGCUGAAUUAAUAUAAACUGAAAUAAACAUGGCCUCAGGGUGGCCUACCCAUUUUUACCCAAUCUUUUUGUGUAAUAUUUGAAUAUGUCAAAUUGUAGUUUUAAUACACUUACUAUUUGAGUUGAUACAAGGCUUACAUGGUGCAUAUU